AUGCCUGCUCCGUUGAUUUUCAUAACUGGCGCUACUGGCUUUAUUGGCAGUGCUACCGCUGUUGAAGCCCUCAAGUCCGGAUAUCGACUUCGAAUUGGCGUUCGCAAGAAGUCAGAGAAACUUGAAUCAUUGUUGGCAGACUAUCGCGACCGAGUGGAAUUCGUCAUCAUCCCAGAUCUCACCGAGGAGGCUGCCUUCCGAGGAAAGCUGGAUGGAGUGGACUAUGUCCUCCAUCUUGCAUCGCCGCUUGCCAACGGCACAGACAAAGAAGCUUUCUUCCCCCCAGCGGUGAAAGGGACCUUGGCUGUACUCAAAGAAGCAACCAAGGUGCCAAGCAUCAAGAAGAUUGUGAUCACUUCGUCUAUCGCUGCCCUGAUUCCUAUCACCGGCAUACCUGAAGGCGGUGUCAUAAAAGAGGACAAUGAUUGGGAUUUCGGUGUCGACCCAGAGGCUGAUUUCGUGGAUCCUAGCAAUCCCGGUGCAACACCCAUGACUCUCUACCGUGCAUCCAAAUUGCUUGCAAAUAAUGCUACGUGGGACUUUUGGAAGAAAGAGAACCCCCAUUACUCACUGGUGACUCUUCAUCCGGCAUUUGUCUUUGGGCACAAUCUCAUGCAAGCUGCUGCCAAUGAAACUUUAGGAUCCAAUGGAAUUAUCUGGGGUAGUGUGAUGGGAGGCGUCCCACUUGGAGGCAUCACGGGUGUGCAUAUUCAAGAUGUUGCUGAGGCACAUAUCAAGUCGUUGGAUCCGAAGAUUCAAAACGGUUCGAAAUAUCUGAUCUCGGGGCCGCAAACGACAUGGAAAGAGGUGGCCCGUAUUGCACACAAGUUCUACCCCAAUGUUGGUGUGAAGCUUACAGAGAGCGCUGAGGGUGGUUCUAUGCCUACUGAUACCACCAAAGCCGAAGCUGAACUAGGAAUGCAAUGGCGGCCGUGGGAGGAGAUGGUGCGGGGUGUAAUGGACCAACAAUUGGGCUUCCUUUCGGGUUGA